AGCGCUGGGCUGAUAGCGGACGAAAAGAGGACAAAGUUCCAGUGCUCUUAUCCUUCUAUCCCCAGUCCUCUGAGCAGUUGCUUCUCUUUUCUUCCACAGCGCAACUCAAAAACCUUGGAGAGCACAGCAGCUGAAAAGCACACAAACAGGAAUCCGGCAAUCCGGAAUGGGUAUGGCAAGUACGACUCCGACUAUGACUAUGACUACGAGAUUACAGUUUCUUGGUGCUGUCGAUCGUAAUCACAGUUCAUUUUUGGGAGUUCCCCUGAGCCCGAGGCUGCCAUGCCCACGCCCGUCCUUACCCUCUCUCCUCCUCAAUGUUCAAGCCAAAGCUCGCACAAGAAGAGAAGACCGUCAGGCCCGACAUUCUCGCAUUAGGAAGAAGGUUACUUUAUCUAUAAAUGUUGAAGGGACACCGGAUAGACCGCGGUUGUCUGUCUUCUGCUCCAACAAGCAUCUCUAUGUCCAAGUCAUUGAUGACUCAAAGAUGAGCACAAUUGCUUCUGCUUCAACAAUGCAGAAACCAAUUCGUGAGGAGUUCGACUACUCAUCUGGUCCCACCAUUGAAGUGGCAAGGAAGAUUGGUGAAUGCAUUGCAAAAUCCUGUUUGGAACGAGGGAUCACAAAGGUGGCCUUUGACAGAGGUGGAUAUCCAUAUCAUGGACGCAUAGAAGCCCUUGCUGAUUCUGCUAGGGAGCAUGGCCUUCAAUUUUAAACUCUCAGUAGUUAGUUUUCUCUUGAACUUUGUUCUUUUUAUUCUCUUCUUUUUUUUUUAAUUUUUUUUUAUUAGAGGGCUUGAAGAAUGCUUUAUCUUGUUAUAGUUAGACAUAUAUUUGAAGAAUGUUCACUUA